AUGUCAUCUGAUGCCUUCAUUGCUGCAUUAAAAAGAUUCUUCACUCGUAGGAGUAGAAGCUCGAUCAUAUUUUCUGACAAUGCAACAAAUUUUGUUGGUGCUAGUAGAGAAUUGACUAAAUUGUAUAAUCAUUUUAAGAACCCAGAUGAAUCUUUAGGAAAUUACUUGACUUUUGAAGAAGUAAAAUGGAACUUUUUUCCUCCUAGAGCUCCCUAUUUUGGAGGACUUUGGGAGGCAGGAGUCAGAUCAUUUAAAUAUCACCUUAAACGUGUCGUAGGUGAAACAAAACUUACGUAUGAAGAAUUUCUGACAGUGACUCUUCAAAUAGAAGCUAUAUUAAAUUCUAGGCCCAUCACUCCAUUACCGGCAGAUGACGAUUGUAUUGAAGCUCUAACUUCAGGUCAUUUUUUAAUUUUCAGACCUAUUACAGCUAUUUCAGAACCAGAACUUCUAUAG